AUGGCUUCUCAGUCACCUAUCGGUUCUCCUAAGUCCGUUGACGUGGUAGUCAUCGGCGCUGGACUCAGCGGGCUACGGGCCGCUUUGGGUGUGCAGGCAGCCGGGCUCUCCUAUGCAGUUGUUGAAGCUAUUGAUCGCGUAGGGGGUAAGACAUUGACCGUGCCGUCCAAGCAAAGUGGCCCCGGUGUCAACGAUGUCGGCGCCGCUUGGAUCAAUGACACCACGCAAAGCGAGAUUUAUAAACUGGUCCAGAAGUAUGGACUGCAAGUGGAGACCCAAGCUAUCCCAGGCCAUGAUAUCUUCCAAAGCCCAGAGGGCUGUGUUUUGUUUAAACAUGGUGAACUUCCAGUGAGCGAGGAAGAGAAGGAAGCAUUGUCUCAAGUGCUGGCGCAUUUCAAUGAGCUCGUUACUAACGUCAAUGUGGAAGACCCCGGUUCAGGACCCAACGCGAAGGAGUUGGACAGCAUCAGUCUGCAGGAAUACUGCAUCCAGGCUUUCCAAUCUGAGUUGAUUGCGGGUCUCUUCGAUACCAUCAUCCAAUCUCUAAUUGGCGUGGAAGCCAAGGAUAUGAGUUUGCUGGCUUUCUUGCACUCUAUGAAGGCCGGGACCGGAUUCGAGGCUAUAACAUCGGACGGUAAAGAUGGAGGACAGCAGCUCCGUGUCCGACAGGGCAACCAAAUCAUCUCCCAGAACAUGGCGGCGGAACUAAAGCCAGGUUCUAUCUACCUCUCAAGUCCAGUAACCGAAAUUAAACAGUACCCAGCCACAGGAACCUGUACCGUCCACACAGCAAACAACACGACCUUCCACGCAAAGAAAGUCAUCCUGUCCGUUGCAACUCCUCUCUACAAGAAGAUUACAUUUGACCCACCCCUCCCUGAAUACAAACAGCUUCUGGCAAGAGAAAAUAAAUUAGGCUACUACAGCAAAAUCAUCUUCGUCUUUGACAAACCCUUCUGGCGAACCGCCGGCCUCACCGGCGCCAUUCAAUCACAGACAGGACCCUUCACUUUCACCAUGGACAACAGCUUCCCCGAUGACGAGCAGUGGUCUAUCGCCUGCUUUACAGUGGGACGCCGUGGACGUGAAUGGUCCCAGCUCUCGCAGGACGAAAGACGUCGGACAGCGUGGGAACAGCUCCGCUCCGCGCUUGAGAACACCGACCUACCAUCCGGAGAAAGGAUGCAGGUCCCUGAGCCCAUCAAUGUGCUCGAGUAUGAGUGGACCAAGCAGGACUUUUUCCAGGGCGGGCCUGAGCCGGGUACACCGCCUGGUGUGAUUUCUCGGGCUGGUAAGGAUGCCGUGAGGAAGCCGUUUGGAAGCGUGCAUUUUGUGGGGACGGAGACUGCAUUGCAUUGGAAGGGGUAUAUGGAGGGUGCAGUGAGGUCGGGAGAUCGAGGUGCUAAGGAGGUUGUUGAGGCACUUGCUACAUAA